GGUGUUACACACAUCCCUGAGAGGGCACCUUGACACUGUGUGUGUGGGGGGGGGAUGCUGAAUGACCUGCUAUACAUUAUAUAUAUAUUAUUAUAGAUAAACAUGUUGGAUAUGGACAGUACCCUGUACUCGUGUUGUCUUGCUGGCGUUCUAUUAUUAAUAUUAUGUCUCUGAUUCACAAACUCGAUCAUGACUGUAGUGAAGCCGCUUGACGUCAAAGCGGGAGAAUCGUGGGCGUGGCGUGUGGAAGGGGGCGGGGUCAUAUCAAAGCCCAGGCAGCGCCGCGGCUCGGCUUCAUGCACUGAUAGCAAUGCUGAGUGAGGAGCGGCUGCUGCGCCUUUGCCGAGGAUUCCGCCUGAGAAGUGCCACGAUUGCACUCGAUGACACAGAACAGCGUGGAAAGGACGGGAUAAGGACCUGAUGAUUUUUUCCUAGCGCCACUCCUGUCCUGUGUCCUCUACCUCCAUCUCUCUGUCGUACGAGAAGCGCGGACUGAGAGGGAAACACACUGCAGCUUCAUGGCACUAAGCUAUGAUUCACUCUCUUGCAGCAGCAAUGAGCAACCAACUUCAAAACACCUCCUCUCUGAACUCAGUCGGCGUGUGGAAUUUCCAGGACGCACGCAACUCGUCACCUGUGCACACUGCAGACCUGCAGCCCCUUACCGUUAGCCCUUGGGACAUUGCGCUGUGUGUGACUGGGACACUCAUUUCCUGUGAGAAUGCGAUUGUGAUCGCCAUCCUGUUCUACACUCCCACCCUGCGGGCACCCAUGUUUGUCCUGAUAGGGAGCCUUGCUUUUGCGGACCUGCUUGCAGGCCUCGGCUUGAUUCUGAACUUUAUCUUCAUCUACAUGUUCAACACAGAGUUUGUCACGCUGGUGUCGGUCGGGCUGCUCAUUGCUGCAUUCUCUGCCUCUGUACUCAACAUCCUGGCUAUCACAGUGGACCGAUACCUGUCUCUCUACAACGCACUAACCUACAACACGGAACGCACAAUGACUUUCACCUACGUGAUGGUGGUGUUCAUUUGGCUGGUGUGCAUCACGCUUGGUCUGCUGCCUGUGCUUGGAUGGAACUGUCUCCAGGACGAGGCCCACUGCAGCAUUUGUCGCCCAGUCACCAAGAACAACGCCGUGGUCCUUGCGGUGACUUUCCUGCUUGUGUUUGCGCUCAUGAUGCAGCUCUACCUGCAGAUCUGUAAGAUUGCCUUCCGUCAUGCGCAGCAGAUUGCUGUGCAGCACCAGUUCAUGGCUAUUUCCACCACUAAAGGGGUCUCUACACUUUCUGCCAUUCUGUGCACUUUUGCCGCAUGCUGGAUGCCCUUCGCCAUGUAUUCGAUUGUGGCGGAUUCUAGCUACCCAAUGAUCUACACAUAUGCCACAGUACUGCCAGCGACAUGCAACUCCGUUAUAAACCCAAUUAUUUACGCCUUCAGAAACCCAGACAUUCAGAAAUCCCUGUGGCUAGCCUGCUGCGGAUGUGUCCCAGCCAAUUUCUCCCAACGACCAAGGACAUCAAGUGACGUAUAGGUCAGAUCACAUAUGAUUAGCUUUCACUUUCACAUGGAAUUUGUCCACUCCUCCAAAAAAAUACCCCAACAAUAUAAAAAAGAGAAGGACACAGAAAACAAAAAGUACAUAUUUGAUCAUGCUAUAUGGUUACUGGGGUAAAAUAUCUCCAAGAGCUCUUUACUAUAUGUUGGGAUCAGUGUCCACUGUAGUAUAAAGCAAUGGUGUGGUGAAUUUAAUCCUCUCUAGCCAGUAGCCAAAAAUGUGCACAAUAGCUAAGGUUCAAUGAAAACAAAUCCUUUAUAUUGUAAAUCAAAGGCCUAAGUUCUGGCACCCUAACCACACACACCUAGCCAUAUACAUCAAUCAAAUAUGGUGCCAAAAUUAGUCUGAGUGUCCUUCUUUAUUAGUUGACAUCAGAGUUGGUCACUGUGCCUUUUAAUGGCCUUCAUAUAAAGAAUAGCUUCAUGGAGACAUGAAAGCCUCUAGAAAUGAAAGAAACUGGUGAUCGACCUUGCAACUGUCUUGACAGAAAUGUAAUAUUUGCAUGUUAACCUUGAUUGUCAGUCUAGAAUCCAUGGAAAUGUCUUGGUAUGAUAGAGUAUAAACAUACUGCCAGAGAUGCAGUACAUUUACAUGCACUGCCUUCAGCACCAUGGACAGCAGCCAGUGCGCUGACCAGGCCAUUCCUGAAGCCCCACGUUCCUUUAUAAUGUAGAAAAACAAAGCUGUGUGAGCAAAAUCCACAGGCACUUUAUAAUCUCUCUUUACUCCAGCUGUUCAUUCAACUGUAUUAGACACAGAUAAAGACAGGGCAGGUUGACAGAGCUGUAUGCGCAAAGGUUCUCAGGCUAGUUAACACUUGUUUAAUUCCCAUUUACAUUUUGCUUACUUGUUUAUCCAAAGUGUGUUAAAAUUGAAAUAGGAUACAACUGAGCAGUUAAGGGUUCAAGGACCCAACAAUGGCAGCUUGAAAGUGCUGGGAUUUGAACUCUAAACCAUCUGAAGAGUAGCCUAAAGCCUUAACCACCAAGCCAUGAUGUCCUCAAAGUAGAGCCCUGUCUGCAAAGGAAAAGCAUCUGCUGCAGUGUUUUACAUGGAAUCUUUAAGGGUUUCCCCAAAGGGACAGUCUAAAGAAACCUUUAUUCUAGAUUCUAGACUUAAUCUAUUCCCCAAGAGCGCAGAGCAUGAUACUGACUAAAAUGUUGAACUGCAAAAUUCAAUAAACCAUAGUAGCUACCAUCAGAGUAGAAUUAAUAAGCUGCUUCAUUUAGCUCAAUAUUAUUUCUAGAACUGGAAUUGAAAAAUGGGCUUGAAUUAGAUUGAGGAAAACAUGCAAAGACAUUCUCUUGUCCCUUAGUCUAAUCCAAACUGACACAAAACUAUUAUAAUGAACUUAGUUAUUGGACUGUAUGACGGAACACACAGCAAAACCUGCCCUGUCUUUUUAACCUAAUCCUUUUAUAGCAAUUGGCUUCUUCCUUAUGAGUUUACAAUUAUGCAUUGAAUUUGACACCCCUGAUUACACACCGCACUACAGUGUAACACCAAGUGUAGAGCAUCAAUAAACGAGACUUUACUGUGAAACCAUGGAAACAGUGAUACACACAAAUCAUGAGCAUAGUGUAGAUAUGAAUAUAUUAAUAGCUUAUAUUGGUAUCAGGUAACUGGGGCAGCAGGCACUGGACUGGAUGUUCCUGAAUUGAGGUUAAUGAAAAUAGACCAUGUGCUAUAGUUCAAAAUUGCGGCUAUGUCUUAAAUCCAUCCAUAACUGCUCAUGACUGGAGAUUCAGCUAUUUAAAAUUGUGUCCCAUGUAAAAAA